CCAGAGGCUGGGAGUUUAGCAGCAAUUAGUAGCAUCCAGAUCAGUGCAAGGGAUCAGUGAUCUCUGUCUCUCUCUGUCUAUACAGCCUUCUAGAGAAUCCCCCUCCUCUCCUCUGGGACACCCCCUAACUCCUGGGUUUCAGAUGACCACCUCUGCCUGACCCCACCAAGAGACAUCCCACCUCUGCAUUGUAAUCACUGUCAUUUACACUUCAGCUUCCAACCUGUCUACAGCAGAGCUGACUGCUCAUCUCCAGAAGAGGAGGAGGAGGGGGGCUGUACAUGGAUUAAGACUUUUUUUGGGGGGGGGGGGGGAGUGAAAAUGUCAUCUCAUUUUUUUUCAGGCACUGCAGACUUGCUGGGAGACUGCUGGGAAAGUGGGUGUAUGAAGUAGAGGCAGACAGGGCAGUGCAAGUCAAUAGCAGCAUCUUCUGGAUGUGGAUCUCCAAGUGAGCAGAGGCAUGAGAGCUCCUCAGCUGUGGAUGGUCUCCUAAGGAGUUAUGGAUGUUGAUGCACUAAAGUCUACAGAACAGAGCAGAGUCCUGGGAGUCAGUGGUCACCAGAUCCCAGCUCACCCCACAUUGGAUUUUAUCUUUUCAUUAUGUGUCUUUCCAUGAGGCAUCUUCUGAAGCCCUCAGCCUCAGUACAAUGUGGAAAUGGAUACUGACACAUGGUGCCCCAGGCUUAUGUCACCUGCCUCGCUCUUUGCUCCUCUUGUUCUUGGUCUACUCCUUGUCUGUCACCUGUAAUGAGGUCUGGGGUAGAGGGUCAGUGCGCCCCCAGGAGAUCUCCUCAAACUAUUCCAACUAUUCCUCUGGGAGACACGUGCGAAGUUACAACUACCUUCAAGGAGAUAUUCGCUGCAGGAAGCUCUUCUCCUUCCACAAGUAUUUCCUCCAGAUCGAUGACACCGGCAGGGUUAGCGGGACCAAGAAGAAUGACUGCCUUUACAGUAUAUUGGAGAUAACAUCUGUGGAUGUUGGGGGGAUUGUGGCCAUCAAAGCAAUCCACAGCAAUUAUUAUUUAGCCAUGAAUAAAAAAGGCAAAGUCUAUGGCUCGAAAGAAUUUAAUAUAGACUGUAAACUAAAAGAAAGGAUAGAGGAGAAUGGCUACAACACGUAUGCAUCUCUUACUUGGAAAAAUAACGAGAGACAAAUGUUUGUGGCACUGAAUGGGAAAGGAACCCCAAAGAGAGGACCAAAAACGAGGAGGAAAAAUAUGAACGCCCACUUUCUCCCCAUGCCUUUAUAACAUUACAUGAAGGAUUUGAUGUAUUUUUGGACUACGGUCUUGUGAAGAACAUUUGUAAAAGAAAGAUGUUUCUGGUGGACCAUGAGUGUGUUAGGAGGACAUUGGAGGACAUUUUGUUAGUACUGUGUCAUAGAUGUGACUACGGUUGGGAUUAUAAAAAAGCUAAAUCUCCAGCUUGAGGAAUAUGUUCAUACGAUACAUGGAUAUGAGACAGAUGAUCUUCCGGGAAUGUUAUUUAUGGGAUACUAACUCAAAUUCAAAGAUCAUCAAUGCGUAUUCAGGUCCAAUGAGACGUCAGCCACAUAAGCAAUUACCAGAAGCACUUGGGUCAACACUACAGAAAUAAUGGAUAUUUCUGAUGAGACAUCCAAAAGAAUGUAUAGGAUCAAGAUACAUAAACGUGAUUAAACUGUUCUAAAAAAAUGACUAUUGUGUUAUGCCUGUGUACUCUACCAUCCCCUAUCCCUUCUCUGUUUCUUUGUAAGUUAUUUAUUUAAUAGAAUGUUUACUAUGUCUCUUCAGUGUUUGAGUCGUGUGUCUACAAUUUUGCAUCUGUUUUUUUCUCAUGAUCAAAAAAGAGAUUGGGUCCCAUUUAUCAAACUUCAACGUAUGGCAUUGUUGCCCAUUGCAACCAAUCACAAAUCAGCGUUCAUUUUUCAGGAGAAGUUUUAGAGAUGAAAGCUGAGCUCUGAUUAGCUGUAUUGGGAAACAAGGACAGUUUUUUUUAAAAUGAGCCCAUGUGUUUUAUCUGCUUAAAACGUCUUAAUAUGUGACAGUGUUCUAGUUAUGAAAGAUGUGGAGACAUUUAUAUGUAAAAACAAAAAAUAGAAAACACUAUUUAUGAGUUGAUCAUAUAGGUGUUAAGUUAAAAGGCAGGUUACCUUGGCGGAUAGGCCUGAAACUCGAGGCACCAAUGUUUUUGAAAUGAAAAAUGUGAGUGUUUGGUAAGUCUCUUGACAUCUAAUGCCAGUCUAUACUCAUAUUAGUACAUUAACAACUGUCAUUUACAAUGAGUUAUUAUAUAGUUUUCUCUACCAUGGUCAUUUUGUAGUUAUGGCUUGUUAGAACCUAAAGGAAGGGACUCGCUGGGCCAUACUAACUAAGCGGCAUUACAGCUGAUGUCAUCAAGAUAAGAGAAGAACUUAUUUUUAUUGCAUUGAGAUUGGCUCGUGAUGUAAAUACAUCAUCAACGUAGCAUCUAAUCUGCUCUGCCCCAUUUCAGUGUUGUGCAUGGCUUCUACAAAAAGAGAUGAUAAUAACCUGUUACAACUAACUUUACUGUGGGUGGAAAACAUCAGGGCCGUAGCUAGGGGGACUGGCAGGUCCUGUUCCCUGGAUGUUGGGUGCUAGAGUGGGGGGGCAUCAACAAGUCACUUUGCCUUGGCCAGUCUAGUUAGCUACAGGACUAGGGUACAGAUCUGAAACUUUGCCCCGGGAGAAGGAAAGCCUAGCUACAACUCUGGGUCAUUUAAUAUUAUCUUGUGGCAGAAAUUAUAUCAGUUUCAUAUUUACCGCUUUUAUAAUAGUACAGUAUGUACCUCUUUUAGAUGAUAUAAGCCAAUGGUCUCAGUUGUAGAGCUAUGAUACGUAUAUAAAGCCUGUUUUAUGAGCACUCAUAAUCGUAAUUCUACAUCAAAAUCAAAAAUUCUUUGUGUCAGGAUAGAGUUGAAGAACUUCAUAUACAUAUACGGUUAUAAAUAUUUAGUGCAAUGGUGUCCCAAAAGUGCUCAUGACUUGAUGAUGUACAUUACUUAAAUGCAGGCCUGUUAUAAAGCUUUGGAUGCAUAUAGAUCUGUUGUUUUAUUUUAAAUUACAGAUAAUAAUGACAGAUAAUAAAAUAACUAAAAUUAAAUACAAUUAAAUUAAAUACAAUUAAUUACCAUUUUAAACAUUUUCAGCUGUAAUUGAAUCUAUCCAUCCAUCCAACAGAUUUUCUAUGAUCCAAUAAAAUAUGGGCAACAGUUCUGAUAAAACAUAAAAAUUAUAUUUAUGGACCUUUGAUCUUUUUUUACUUUACAUGAUAAAAAUAAUAAUUCUUACCUUUUCAAAAGAAAAUCAACGUAUCUGAACUCUUACAACUUGUUAUAGAAAAUAUUCAUGAGAUCAUGCUGAAGAAGACUCAUUUUUAGACAUAAAUAGCCAGCCCAGCCAUCCGAAUACACAAGUAGCCUAUUCUUCCAAAACCAAUCCAGAUUUUCAUUAGAUAGUAUUAUUUUUGUGGUCUACACUUUUAAAAAUGAGUGUAAAUAAGGCUAGGUUUAUACCACAUUUGGAGAGUGCACUCAACAAGACUGUUUGAAGUAACAUACACUAUUCCCCAGACAUAGGCUGAUGUAUGACUUAACAGUUGCCUAGAUUUGCCAUUGACGUGUCUCAUGAAGACAACCCCUGUCUCUACACCCUGUUACGGCAUACAGACAUCAUCCAUGCACAAGGAUGGAGAACUACUUUGUAAAAGCAAAUUCUGCUCAGGUAUACCCUUCAUGUCCAUGGGUGGCCAUAUAUUUGUAUGGCUUGGAUGCAAUGCUUCAUUUGGCCUACAGGUUAAAUGGGUGGGCAGACAGACCUUUCCUGGUGACAACAGUUGAUCUCUGCAGAUUAGAGAAACUGGAACUGUAGCAAUAACUUGAUUGCUUCAACAGAUUUAACUUAAAAGGGUUAUCUUCAUGAGUCAUAGCUAUGCCUGCCAACAUAUAUUAACCUAAACCUAUAAAGAUCUAAUAUAAGUCUAUGGCUAUGUUGGCGUAUACAGAACAUUGGGAGAAUUGGAGUGUUAGGCAAUUUUCACACUAGGCGUUAAAACCAUCUGGCAGGCUGUUCCGGCAGAGAAACAGCCUGCUGGAGUCCAUCAUAUCCCGCAUAGCUGGAUACUGCCUUUCCCCGUCCUAGCCCAUUGACUAUAAUAGAACCCGGCGGGGAUUCGGCCUGUUUCCGACAUGAAUGCUGGGAUUUGGCCAGACAAAACACGUCUAAUCCCAGCUCUCAUGACGGAAACAAGCCAGAUCCUCACUGGGCCCUAUUAUAGUCAAUGGGGCCUGGCGGUGCUCCAGCCGUUACUGGCUAUGCCGGAUAGGUUGAAAUAGCCUUAACUUCAAGCAUGCUAUAGACCUAGCCUAAGUAUUUAUCUGAACCUUUCUUUUAGAACAGAUGAGAACAGCCCAUCAUCUCCUAUACAUACAGCAGGCAUGACAUCAUUACACUACGUACCAUGUGUUUUUCCCAGUGUUCUUCUAAGAUUAAUGUAGUCUAAUAAUAUUAUUUUGCUAAAACACUUUACCUGGUAAUAUGAGAUUAUAUUGAUGCUGCAGUUUUAUCUUCAAAUUUCUUGUAAAAAAAAAAAUGUUUUAUUUUUAUUCUUUGGAGACUGUAUUUUGGUACAAAUGAGAUACUUACUAAUGUGUCUUUUUACUAAGAAUUUAACCACUAGAAAUACUGGUCGUUUUGUGGUUUUAUAAGUUAUUUGAGUCAAUGCUUUUUACCAGCACUUCCAAUGUAAAAUCUUUUAUUUAAAUACUAGCUGUUUUAAGGAGCUUUCCCAUAAAUUGCAAGAUGGUUAGAUUGUGCGGUCUUCCUCAAUAAAGCUGAUAACAUAACAUGUUUGAGAGAUCUGUGUCCCAUUACUCAAGCGUGCAACGUCAUCUUUUUAUGAUUGUUGUGUGCAUUGUACAUGCAUUUUGAUGUAUUUAUUAUACACAUGCUUCAAUUCAGCCAUCUGUAGG